AUGUCAUGCUAUGACCAGUGCCUGCCAUGCCAGCCCUCCGGCCCAACCCCACUGGCCAACAACUGCAAUGAGCCCUGUGUCACACAGUGCCAGAACUCCACCAUCGUCAUCAAGCCUCCUGCUGUGGUGGUGGCCCUGCCUGGCCCCAUCCUCAGCUCCUUCCCACAGAACACAACUGUGGGCUCCGCCGUCUCUGCUGCUGUUGGCAGCAUCCUCAGAUGUCAUGGAGUGCCAAUCACCUCUGGGUGCUGUGACCUCUCUGGCACUUCCAGCCACUACUGUGGCAGGAGAUGCCCUCCCUGCUAA